AUGACUUCGCGCAAGAUUACAUCCGUAAUACCCAACGCCUUGCCUGUGCACAAUGGUGACGAACUCUCAUUACGACCAGUCUCGAAUAUUGGCGCGCUUGAAGGCUUCGCGCCGCCGUUAGCAAAUCGGUUUCUACAGACCAUGGCCAUCACGCUAUGGAGUAUGCAGUACAGCGGCAGACAGAAGGCUAAAAUUACUACAACAGGGGAAGCCCGAAUGUGGAUGUAG